GGAGCGAAUAAUUGCUAUCCAGAGUGGGAUAGAACAGUCCUGUGCUGUUGUCAGGGCAAGGAAAAGCCGUCGAGCAAAAGUGCAGAUUGCCCAAGCGUUUGACAGUCUUGAUCAGACAGUUCCUGACAUUAAUGAAAGGGCUUCAAAUGUAGCUCUAGCUCAUUUUCAGCCAGUACUAUACUUGUGAAUAAAAGCUGAACCACGCGAGUCCUCAAGGUUAGUGAAGUAGCCUACAGCCAAAGAGUCAAAGAAAAAGAAAAAAAAAACGAAGACAGGAAUAUCUAUGAAAAAAGAACAUAGAUAAAGCUCCAUUUAACUGGUGAAAGAAACAACACGGAGAACUUGGAAUAUGUCUGAUUUUUGACACUGAACUGGAAUUCGCACAGGGCCAUAACACUCAUUGCUGCGGAUCGUGCGUGUAUUAACGGCACAUCGGGGGUAGAAGUAGCUUUAGUUCGUUUUUCUACAUUGAAAUUCCGGUGGAAAUUUUAGAAGCAUCCGGAUCCGGAGUCGAAAGAAAGGAAAGGAGAUUAACACACAUUGUCACUUAUCAGGAAGCUAUUGCGACCGGAUGAAAUAACAUGGAGCUUUUGUAACAAAAAUGGGAAAAGGAGCCUUGCCUGUCCUGCAAUAAUGUAUCCACAACAUAGAGAAAGGGAGCAGCCCAUCUUCAGUGCCAGAGCGCACGUCUUUCAGAUUGACCCCGCUACCAAGAGGAACUGGAUCCCCGCCAGCAAGCAUGCCGUUACCGUCUCGUUCUUCUAUGAUGCCAACAGGAGUGUCUAUCGCAUCAUCAGUGUUGGGGGCACUAAGGCCAUUAUCAACAGCACCAUCACACCCAAUAUGACCUUCACCAAGACCUCACAGAAGUUUGGCCAAUGGGCAGACAGUAGGGCAAACACGGUCUACGGUCUCGGCUUUGCCACCGAGCAGCAGCUGCAGCAGUUUUCAGAGCGGUUCAAUGAGGUGAAGGAGGCCGCACGCCUGGCACGGGAGAAAUCCCAGGAGAAGUUUGAGCUGACCAACCCAGCCCUUAACAUUGCAGCACCACAGGAGUUGUCUGAAGACCGACAGUCACCCCCUUUGCUGUGUGUCAACGGCCCUGGCGAGGACAAGCUCUUCCGCAGCCAGAGUGCCGACAUUGAGCUGUCCUCUGAGAAGGAGCGCAUUAAAAAGAUGCUCUCAGAAGGGUCGAUAUGCGAGAUGAACUUGGAGGCGGAGUUAUUCACAUUGCAGGACAGCAACGCAAAACUGGUGGCGGCAUUGCAGGAGGCCAACGCCAAUGUGGAGCAGUGGAAGAAGCAGCUGGCUGCCUACCAGGAGGAAACAGACAGACUGCGCGAUAAGGUGGCAGAGCUAGAGGUUCACGGAACUCGGCAGUGUCCCAGUGACAUGGUGAAGGACGAGCUGACUCAGUCCUUGGAGGAGCUGGAGGCACUCCUCAAGGCAAAAGAUGAGGAAAUCCAUGUUCUACAGGCCAAGAAAUCAGAUUUGCAUGAGCUGGAGCAGGAGAGGGAGGAGGCCAUGCACAGACUACAGGAGCUGGAGAGGAGGAACGGGGAGCUGGAACAGCGGGUGCAGAAUGCCGAACAGACACUGGCCUCCUCCCGGGAAGAGCGGGACCUGGCCAAGCGCGAGGUGCACAGGGUCGUCGACAUCCUGGACGUCAAGAUCUUUGACCUGAAUGACCUGCGGCAGAGCCUGGCUAAGCUAAUCGACAAAUAGGUUACAACACUACAACAGAGAGAGAGAAAGAAAGAGAGAGAGAUAGGAGGAAGGGAGAGAUAGCAGGUCCAUAUCUACUCCAGCACAAGCACAUUUCUGCACAAGAUGAAAGAGAGAAGGAUGGCCUGCCUGUCUCUCUGGAGUCUUUGGCAACAGCACAAUACAUUGCAAGAAAGUUAGAUUCUUUUCAAAGUGGUGAACUUAUGGUACGGUAAUACUUGCAUAGAAUUCUUUUUUUCCUGUUCUUUAUUGAUGAGGGGGUUCUCGUUAUCCAGCUGAUACAUCAUAGGUACUUCAUAGUAUUAUCAAUAACUCUAUUAUCAGUAUUAUCAACAAGGACUAAGGCCAAACUUUUAUAUAAGCUUAUUUUAGUAUUUUGGUUCAUUCCUUGCUGUUACUUUGACUACAGUUAUUAGUAUUGUUACUACAAAUGCUGUUUUUACCUUACAAAUCAAGUUUUGGAGACUCAGGAAUACUAUGGGUGGGUGCAGUAAGAAUCCCCAAAUGGGUAGAAAGAGCUUUUUUUUACUGAAAGCGUUGAAGUGGAAGUGUAUACCCCAAACCUACAGUGGGGUUCAACCUCUCAGACACCCUGUCAAAAGCAGAAAAUGUGGGAGAAUAGGCAAAAUGAAUGAUAAACAUUGCUGCUGUGUACUACAUAUUCUCACAAUCAAUUUCAAUUGCAACACAACAGUUACAUUUACCAUUCUGAAGUCUCAUGUGUAUUUAGGCAUGUGCAAACUAAAAUCCAUCCAUCCAUUUUCUAAACCGCAUACUCCUGGUCAUGGUUGCAGGGAGGUUGGAGCCUAUCGCAGCAGACAUUGGGUGAAAGGCAGGAAUACACCCUGGACAGGUCACCAAUCCGUGGCAGGGCCCAUACACCAUUUGCUCACACAUUCAUACCCCAAGUAGAGUUAACCCCACCCACAUGUCUUUAGAAUGUGGGAGGAGCACCCAGAGGAAACCCACGCUUACAUGAGAACAUGCAUACUCCACACAGAAAGGGCCUCUCACUAGGAUUUGUACUUGGUACAUUCACACUAUGAGGCGACAGCGGUACUGACUGCGCCACCGUGCUGUCCACGAACUAAAAUCUGUUUGCCAUAUUAACUUUCCUGUUACAGCGUUUCUGAUGUAUUGGUAGCUAUAAGGUCGAAGCAAAAGUGUAGAGUUCACUAACUACUUGCAUUGUCUGAGACCAAAAGUUCUUGAGUUAACUCUCUUGUUUGGUAUUAUGGUACUACCAUAUGUGGGGCUUAAUAGCUUGUUUUAUUCUGAAAAUUAUUCAAACUUUUAUCUCUUUAAAAUGUAAAAAAAAAAAAAAAAAAGUGUCAUUCAUUUCUGCAAAUAUUUUAAUGCCAGUUUGUAUCUGCAAGACCCUCAUGUAGUAGUACAUUCUGCGAGUGUGUAUAUAGUCAAAUUGUGGUAAAUGAUAAACCAGUUCAGAAACUAUACAACGGUACUAGAAAUGCUGUAACGAAUUAAAGGUGUAUUUACAUACCUGUGAAGAUCUACUGGAUAAGCAGUCAAGCCUGUACUUUUUGAUUUUCUUUAGAAAUAAGCAGCAGACAAUCAGACAAUGUGGACUAAAUUCUUUAUUUAGCAAAACCCAUCCCCACUGUAAGAAUCGGUUAUGCGAUAUUGUUUCAUGGUUUCUGUUUAGCAUAAAGUACCAGUUUAAUCUUUGGCAUAGAUUAAACUGUUGAAAAGAAAAAAAAAGAUUUCCCCCUUUUUUAUAAUGGAUUGCUUUCACCUGCAGUACAAGACAAAAUGGUAUGCACGGCUUGUAGGUUUAAUUACUGUUAUCAAGUCUAUGCCACGGUCCUGAUGUUAAGAUGGAACUGUAUUACAACCGAUAAUUAAAAGGUGUUGCUAGGUGGAGUACAAGGGAAAAGAGAGGUGUUGCUGGUAUUAGUGGAGUUACUAGAGUUCUGAACAUACCAAAGAUGUAUGCAGGAUGAGACCUUUUCUACUAGCUUACAGAACUGGACCAUAAAAGCACAUUCUCACCUGUUAUCUGCUUCAUGUCUGAAUGAAUGCAUAUUGUUGAAAAUAAUUGCACAGAACACUCAGAGCUAAUUAAAUAAUUAAAUGAGAUUCACACUACAUUCUUCAAGGUUCUUACAAAAGAUAAUUUUAGGGUUCAUAUUCCGUGGAUUAUUUGUGGCUUGUAAAUGUUUUACUAUAGAUUUUGCAGUUGCUAGAGCAGGAUAUACAUGUCACUUUAGCAACCACAUUUUAUCCUCUAAACAAGGAAGCUUUUAGUUUGACAGCGAUGAAUAUGGGAUUGCUUCCAUUUGCUUUGUGCUCUGCCCUGGUAGCUGUGUAGAACUAAAUACAAGACUUUCUAUUCUACAAAGUGAAAGUAAAAUUGGGACUGUACCGUA